AUGUUGAACCACAAAUACGUAGCUCUUUCCUACUUCUACAUGUUGAACCGCAAAUACGCUGUGCUGCUGGUGUGCUCCCUCAUCUCCCUGGACACCGUCAACAUGUGGUCGUACGAGGGCUGGAAGGACCCCCACAUCACCGUAAUCUUCUUCUGCUGCGUCUUCAUCGGCUGUCUCAUGAACUUCACCACGCUUCACUGCACGUACAUCAACUCCGCCGUCACCACAAGCUUCGUCGGCGUCGUCAAGAGCAUCGCCACCAUCACGGUGGGAAUGCUGGCGUUCACCGACGUGGCGCCAUCUCGCCUGUUCAUCGGCGGCGUGGCGGUCAACACCAUCGGCUCCGUCACUUACUGCGUGGUCAAAUACUUUGAGACGAAGAAGAUGAGUUUGUACGAAGAUCUGGAGGAAGCUGGGAAAGACGGAGCGCUUCCUGGCGAGCCUCACCAAGAGAAACCGGCUCUAAACGGGGAUCCUGGAUCUAAUCCGGGACAAACGGAGGUCGACGGGGUGUUGAUUGGUCACGGGAAGACCGAGGUAGUUCAGGACGGUGUGGCUAACGGAGAUGUGUGGACAGGAAACGGAGAAACAGAGGCGAAUCCCCAUGUUAUGACGGAAACAGAAAUGCUAGAGAUGCAGCGAGAGCAUCUUCACAAGGAAAACGCCGCCCCGAACCCCGGUCCGUCGGUCAGUGACAGCUAUCUGGGGGUUUGGAGGUCCAUCAGACAUCUGCAGUUCAUGAAGAAAGAACCUUUAAUCGACAACAUGGAGCAGCAGAGUCCGUAGGGCCUGAAAAGAGACCUGGACAGACUCUAGAAAUGAAGAAUUAGAGGAAAGAAGAACACUUGCUGCAGAAAAAGAGACUCAAUGUCCGCCGGGAACGCACUUCGUUAGCAGCGCUGAACUAAUGCUCGUUGGAAACAUAUUUGCUGCGACACCUCGAGGAGCUUUGAGUGCAAAGAACAGGCCAAACAGAGAGAUACGUUUUGUGUUUAUAACGAGAAGUAAAACAGAGGUUCCUGGUGGAGAAAAGUGGAUGAAGAGUUUUGCGAGUAGCUGCCUGUCAGAGAUAAAUUCGGCGGGGACGAGGCUAACCGCCGUGUAGCAUGAUUUGCGUCUCCUCGGAUUAGCCUGCUAUCCAAAAAAAGAAGCAGGUCUUGAAGUAAAAGUGCAAAAACAUCCAAUCAGGGAACAGCAAACAAACAGCAGCAGACGCCUGAGAGUUCAUCUUUUAUUAUUUAAACCUGGGGGAAGUCUUGUUUCUGCUCAAUUGGAGGAUGUGAUCUGAUGAAUCUUGAAUGCACCUGAAGCAUGCGCUGGUCAGAGAAAAUGCUUAUGGGUGUUUGAGUCUGAAAAUGAGAUGUAACCCUGCAGGUCUUCAGUCACACCUGUUUAGAGUUGGUUUACCAUUCAUGUUUCUGCUUUAAUACGUUAGUGGCUGCUUUAACAUAUGCAGGGAAAUAAGGUUUCAUGUUGGGUUUCAGUGUAAGGUUCUGCUUUUACGUUAGAAAGGUAUUUGAGCUUUUUGUUUCUGUCCAAACACUUUGCCAUUGCUAAACAUACACACUGGCCCGGAAGCAGUGCAUUCUUCUUAUCACGUUAGCUUAGCAUAAAGACUGGGAGACUGGUUAAACAUUUAGCAAGUUUCUGUCCAAUAAAAACAAACAAAACAACAGCAACAGAAACCAACACAGAUUAGAUUAAUUAACUGCAAAGACAAUGUUUUUCCAAUAUUGAUUAAUUGUGGAAUAAACCCUUUAAGUGUC